UCUGAUUAAAAAAAUACACACAAGAUUUAGCCAUUUAGGUGUCAAUUUAAUUCGGAGCAACACGUGGCACAGUACCCAGUUACCAAUAUCCAUUAUCUUCUUCAACUAACCAACUGCAACAAAAAUCUUUAUAGCUCGCGCUUGAAUGAAAUGGCUACCAUGGCUUCGAUCUCUUCAUUACCUCUCAAAUCUGUUGGUCGCAUUUCUUCGUCAUCGUCUCGCCCUGAAAAAUCCCUCAAUUCCUCUUCCAAGCGCUUAAAACCCUCUUCCGUCACCUGUCGACUGGAUGCUCCGACCAAAAGAAGCGAUACAGAACGAAAGAGGUGGAGAAAGUUUGUUUCGACUUCAUUGGCGGCUGCGGCUGUGAUUGCUCUUGGUUCUGCCAACAUAUCCGCCUUGGCUGAGCUCAAUAAGUUUGAAGCUGAAACAAGGGGCGAGUUCGGAAUUGGCUCAGCAGCCCAAUUUGGCUCUGCAGAUCUCAAGAAAGCUGUACAUGUUAAUGAAAAUUUCAGAAGAGCCAAUUUCACAGCUGCUGAUAUGAGGGAAUCAGAUUUCAGUGGCUCGACUUUCAAUGGUGCUUACCUUGAGAAAGCAGUCGCGUAUAAAGCCAAUUUCUCUGGUGCAGAUCUCAGUGACACUCUAAUGGAUCGCAUGGUUCUGAAUGAAGCUAAUCUGACAAACGCAGUGUUAGUUAGAUCAGUCCUGACCCGAAGUGAUCUUGGGGGAGCUAAAAUUGACGGUGCUGAUUUUAGUGAUGCUGUUUUGGACCUCCCUCAAAAGCAGGCUCUUUGUAAAUAUGCAAGUGGGACGAAUCCAAUAACAGGAGUAAGCACCCGAAAAAGCCUCGGUUGUGGGAAUAGCAGACGAAAUGCGUAUGGUUCCCCAUCUUCACCACUGCUAAGUGCCCCUCCUCAGAAACUCCUUGACAGGGAUGGCUUUUGUGAUCCAGCUACUGGCCUAUGUGAGGCUAACUGAUUGCUCCCUCUCAAGACAUGGACACGAAUAAUGAGAUUGAGGAUGUAAGUACAUAAAUAUACACUCUUUUUUUGUCUUUUGAACAUUUAUCUUGCAUAAAACCUUCGGCAAUGUAAAUUUACUUUCUAUUUUUUGGGACAUCCUUAUGAAGGCAUAGAGGCACCGCUUUGUGCUACAAACGUACAAUAAAAUUAAGUACAUAUUCUGUUUGUAUUGUUAGUUUCCCAAUGUUUCCCCUUGAAGCAGAAUGAAGCCAGCAGAAUUAAGUACAUGGAUGGUUCUAGUCUCCUUUAUGAAGUUUUCUGUCUCCUUUUUGGAGUUUCUAUUUUGUUUGUGGGUGCUUCUUUGUAAUUCCAAGAGGGUUGGUCCAGACUUUGUUCUGAUUCCCGUGUGUCAUUUGACAUUUCGGUGUUUUCUUUUUGAGUUUUUUUAGUUUAUAAUAUUAUUAUUGUUUUGAAAAAAAAAAGACCAAAAAUACCACUUAAAAAUUGAUUUAUUUGUGUACAAA